CUCGCUGGAGACAUUCAAGCAAAGGUUGGACAGCUACUUUCCCGGAACAAAAAGGAAACUCAUGCAUCAGAAAAGGUGACUAAUAAACAUACCACAAGAAUAUGGUUGCACAGAUAUCAGAAUCUGAUCAGAUAAAACAGUUUAAGGAAUUUCUUGGAACCUACAAUAAACUUACAGAAGCAUGCUUUUGGGACUGCCUUAAGGACUCUACAAGAGAAGUAAAAGCUGAAGAGCAGAAUGAAGUCUUGGCAGCCAAAGCAGGACUCCUUGGCCAACCACGAUAG